GUGCGGCGGCGGCGGGGAGCGAGAGUGAACAAUGUUUCGGGGUCCGGAGAGUGCGGGGCCCCCGGCGGGCGCCAGGCCCAACAGAAUGGCGUCGGAUAUCUUCGGACCCACCAAAGAACCUCAGAACGCUCCGAAGAGGACCAACCCCCCAGGAGGGAAAGGGAGCGGUAUCUUCGAGUCGUCAGUGCCCCAGCAGCCUCCACAACGCCUAAACCCGCCAGGGGGGAAGACCAGCGACAUUUUUGGGUCCCCGAUGACCAUCGCUGCACCCUUGGCUCACCCAAAUAAACCCAAGGACCAUUCGUUCAUGUGUGAAGGCGAUGACCCCCAGCCUGAACCAACAGGCACUCUGCCACCUCUCUUCACAGCUGCAGCUAGUUCGGCACCUGGAGAAGCACGGGCCCAGGCAGCAGACAGCGUCAACCCCGAACCCAUGCCAACCCUGGACAGCCAUGAGCCCAGGCUGGGGCCCCGGCCUCGCUCCCAUAACAAAGUUCUCAACCCGCCCGGAGGCAAAUCCAGCAUCUCCUUCUUCUGACAGGCCAGAGGCCCCGGCCUCCCACUCUCAGCCCAGACCUCACUUUCUGGGUGCCUGGGUCCCUGCUGUCAUUGCUGGGGGCUGCCCAGGCCCCCACAACUCACCUUUCAAGUGCUGAAACCCAAUGGCUCCCCUGAAAUUCGCUCCUCUGGAGAACUGGGGAUGGCGGUGAACGGGGCCCCAUCUUUGCUGCUCAUUCCCACUGUGGCUGUUGGCUGGGGAUUAGGACAGCUCCGCCUCUGUUCAGAGUUCUCCCAAUCUCAGUUGUUGUGGGGAGGAAGAAUGAGUCCAAGCCAGGAC